AAAAUUUAAAUAGACGCAUAUCAGAAGGUGGGAGAGGAGCAUAAGUGAGUUGGAGAACAAAGAGAACAAACAGCAGUCUUGUCUCUGCAGCUGUGCUAGAUCACUGGGCUGGACAAUGUCGGAGUGCUCCUGAGUGUUAGAAGUACCUGUUCAACUCCCCAGUCAGGGGAUUGCGCUCGCACAUCUGGAGGAGGUCUAAGUCUUUGGGGACUUAGAUACGUGCCAUGACCAGACUGCUGCUUUUCGUGGCUGUUAUAGCACAUUGCCAGAAUGUAUACUUGGCGAAACCGGUCUCCAGUGAGAAAUUCGUAUCUGUGGAUUCAAUGUUCCCGGCCCGUGAGGCACAAUUUCCGAGGAAUUCCCAUGCUUUGGCUCGAAAUUUAGAUGCCCAGAACUCAUCUGAACAGUCCAGCAUGUGCUACUUCAUGCAGGAGAGCGACCUAGAGAGCCAGAUUUCCUGCAAACUCCGUUUCACCAGGAGCAAAUUUAACUUCAAUCCCUUCGGACUUCGGUUCGGUAAGAGAGAUGACGCCGGCUCGGUUAACUGGAAGACCCUGAUUGUAAACGGGAACAAGCUGCCUUUUCUUUGGAAACAUAAGAUCCCAACAUGAACCAACGUCCCAAAGCGACUGCUGAGCGCAUUGUGCCACGCUAGAUUUUGUAUUAGAGGCUUGCUGAAUGUUCAAUGUACUUUUGGUUCGAUUUGAUGCGGUGUAAAAACUACAGCACACGUGGAGACCAACAGUUUUGCGUUGUUACGUGUCCUGUUCCCGUGAUAAAUUCAGCAAAAUUGCAUCAUUUUUGUAUGACAUGUAUAAUAUGUAAAGCAAGUAAACGCUCUCUCUGCACACAAUAAAAGUAGCAGACUUGGAUCGAUUUGCAAUUAUAAUAUCCGUUCAUUUUGAAUAAAUUUAAUUUCACCAGGAAUUGCGGAAGUAUUGAUCUCAAUUGGUCUCAUCCUGGACCGAUUUCUACCUUAUCCUACCCUACAGGUUCUUUUGUAACAAUGAGACGUCAAAUUCAUUUUGUAUUCUAGUAUAGUAUCGGUAUGGAUAAAAUGUUACCAGAACUUGUUGCUAUAUGUAUUCCUUAAUGUGCAUUAUUUACAGGCCAAAAAUAAAGUGUAAUCGUAAA